AUGAAGUUUAAGCUGUCUCUUGCAAAUGGUUACGUGAGGUCAUGUCCUUCUGUUUCGGGGACGGGCAGGCAUAGGGGGGUUAAUGCUAGAGUAAAGAGAACCUUUAGGCUUAGAUUAGGGAGCUGGAAUGUAGGUACACUUAAGGGAAAGCUUUUAGAGCUAGAAGACGCUUUGGCUAGGUGUAAAACAGACAUUGCGUGUUUUCAGAAAACUAAGUGGACAGGUAAAAGCACUAGAGAUGGGAAUGGAUUCAAGCUUUGGUAUUCUGGAGCGCCUAAGUCGAUAAAUGGAGUAGGGAUCAUCAUGACAGAUCGACUUAAAGACUUUGUAGUACAUGUGGAAAGACACGGGGAUAGGUUGAUGUUGGUGAGAUUAGUGAUACAAGAGGAGACUAUAAACGUGAUCAGCACACGAGCAACCAAGACAGAGAAGGCUGUAAGGCCAAGAAUCCUUUGGAAAAACCUUAUGGGUGAAGCAGCAGAGACGUUUAGAUCGACGACCAGCGCGAGGUUCUCAUUAGAGAUUCAAAACGGCGAGCAUAUGGAUGCUGAUCAGUUGUGGACACACUUGGCAAAGGGUAUGAGGGAGAUGGAAAAGGCGGUACUAGGGGAAACAAGAGGGACAGGUAGUCAGCGGAAAGAGGGUAGGGAAUCUUGGUGGAUCAGUGAAGAAGUCCAGACCAAGGUUGCGACAAAACUUAGUUGCUUUAAAGAACUUAUCAAGAGCAAGCAAAACGGGACAAAUGAGGACUGGUCCUUGGCUAGGCAGAGAUACUACGAAGCCAAGAAAGAGGCAAAGAAGAUUGUAGCUAUAGCAAAAGAAAGAGCGUACGAAGAACUGUAUAAGAAAGUAGACUCCAAGGAAGGCAAAAACGAUAUAUUCAGAAUUGCUAAAGCAAGGGAGAGAAAACGUAGGGAUUUAGGAGACGUCAUCUAUAUUAGGGAUGAAAGCGGACGGAGCAUUGUGAAGGUGGAAGACAUUAGGAAAAGAUGGGAAGAGUACUUCGCCAACCUGUUUAAUAGGAGAGAGUCGGGGCGAAGUGAAGGAGGAAUCGAUCACAGUACUCACUCAGACAUAUGCUGCGACAACGACGAUACUCCGAGGAUCAGCCAAGAGGAAGUAAGGCUUGCCCUAAAGAAGAUGGGGAGAAGCAAAGCAACAGGUCCAGACCAAAUUCCUAUCGAGGCAUGGAGAUGCUUGGGAGAUGUGGGGAUAAGCUUGCUGACAAGCCUUUUCAACAAGAUUUGGACAAGUGAAAAAAUGCCAGAAGAAUGGAGACUUAGCGAGGUCAUACCUAUCUAUAAGAACAAGGGGGACGUGCAGAGUUGUAGCAACUAUAGGGGCAUUAAACUCCUAAGUCAUACCAUGAAGUUAUGGGAGAGAGUGAUACAGAUGAGGCUUAGAAGGGUUACAAAGGUGGCAGAGAACCAAUUCGGUUUUAUGCCAGGUAGGUCGACAAUGGAGGCUAUUCACAUCACCAAAAGCCUUAUGGAAAAGUAUAGGGAAAGACAAAAAGCGAUACACUGUGCCUUCCUAGAUUUGGAAAAGGCAUACGAUAGUGUACCACGACAGCUGAUUUGGAGGACGCUACAAGCGAAAGGGGUUACUGGGAAAUACAUUAGGGUUAUUAUGGAUAUGUACGAUAGGGCGAGGACCGGUGUUCGAACCCCUGUGGGGAACACAGAACUUUUCUCGGUUGAACUACCGUGGUGUAUGAUUUUUGCCGAUGACAUUGCGCUGAUAGCGAGAUCGACGGAGGAACUAAACCAGAGGCUAGAGAAAUGGAGAGAAGCCCUUGAAGACCAUGGUUUGUGCAUGAGCCGAGAGAAGACAGAAUACCUUAGAUGUGACUUCGAUAACCAGGAGAUAAGACAAAAUGGGGAUGAGGUUAUUAGCAUUGGGGGCCGCAUAUUGCGUCCGAAGGAGUCUUUUAGAUACCUGGGAUCAGUGAUACACAAAUCGGGGGGGAUAGACGAAUACGUGACACAUCGAAUUCAAGCCGGAUGGAUGAAGUGGAGAGCAGCUACUAGAGUCAUGUGCGACAAGAGGAUCCCGCUAAAGCUGAAAGGGAAGUUUUAUAGAGUGGCUAUUAGACCGGUUAUGCUAUACGGGUCAGAAUGUUGGGCGAUGACGAAAGCCCAAAUGGCUUGA